GUCUGCAUCACAGCAGGCGUCAAACAUGAAUGCAGCCAGCUAGUUACCCAGCUAGAUCAUCACCGCGAACCGAGUCGGCGUCAUUAUUUUAUGAGCUCAGGUUAUAAUCCCACGUUUGCCGCUACGCUGCUGCAGAGUUAAGGCUGUAAAAUGCCCGUCCGAGCCGCCCGGCACGCCGAGGUGAAGCUGCUCCGCGUCGCGCUGCCGUUAAUCGCGCUCGUUUCCGCGCGGGUGUGUGCGGUUCCCGAGGAGGGUAAACUGCAGCCCCAGCCUGCCGAGAAAGCCACAACUAGCCAGCCUGCGGGUCCAGCUGUCAGUCCAGAUGAGUCUAGUAAAACCAACCUGGGCUUUAUCCAUGCGUUUGUGGCAGCCAUUUCGGUCAUCAUUGUCUCCGAGCUGGGAGACAAGACCUUCUUCAUCGCAGCCAUCAUGGCCAUGCGCUACAACCGCCUCACCGUCUUGGCAGGGGCCAUGAUGGCCCUGGGUGUCAUGACCUGCCUAUCAGUGCUGUUUGGUUAUGCUACCACAAUUAUCCCUCGGAUCUACACCUACUACGUUUCCACGGCGCUCUUUGCCAUCUUCGGUGUGAGGAUGCUGCGAGAAGGGCUGAGAAUGAGUGCUGACGAAGGACAGGAGGAGCUCGAGGAGGUGCAGGCUGAGAUCAAGAAGAAAGACGAGGAGCUCCAGCGGUACAAGCUGGUUAAUGGUGCGCCAGAUGUGGAGACCGGAACCGCAACGGCUGCGUUGCCUUCAAGGAAGUGGCACAGUGUGAUCUCGCCCAUCUUCAUCCAGGCUCUCACCCUCACCUUCCUCGCUGAGUGGGGCGACCGAUCUCAGCUUGCCACCAUUGUUCUGGCUGCACGGGAGGAUCCGUUCGGAGUCACAGUGGGUGGGACUCUGGGACAUUGUUUGUGCACAGGGCUGGCUGUGGUUGGUGGAAGAAUGGUAGCUCAGAGGAUAUCGGUCAGAACUGUGACCAUCAUCGGUGGGAUUGUCUUCCUGGCCUUUGCUUUCUCUGCCCUCUUCAUCAAGCCUGAUGCUGGGUUCUAAGAAGACACUUGCUGGGAUUGUUUUGUAAAUACCAGCUUAACUGUGCUCUAUUCACAAGAGGGAGAGAGAGAGAGACUGCCCAUCAAGGCAGCGUGUGAACAGGGGAGUGUGAGACUGCACAGUGUCACUCCUUAUGUGAAAUACCCUGGCACAGAAGCUGCAUUGCUUUUAUUUAUUUAUACGCCCCCCCUGCUUAACAGUAAGUUCAGCUGAGCCUCGUGCAAUACGGAGGUAUUCGUUGACCUCAUGUGGAGAGAGUGAGUGUUUUCAGCUGGAUAUUAUCAGGGAUUGCAAGAUGAAGUGUUCCCCUCCCCCCCCAAGCUUCUGUGACAGGUGACUUUUCGAUCACUUUGGUCUUUACACCCCUGCACCCAUUUAUCCCUCCGGUUCCCUUAUUCCCAUAAACCUUCAAUGAUUUUA